AUGUUAGUUAGCCGUUGCGUAGUUCCAUUAUCUCUGGGGACUUUCAUCAAACACCUUCCCAUAUCAAAGCGAACGACUUUCUGUCCGUACAGAAUCAGACCCAAAACCAUAACCACCACCAGAAUUCUCUGCUCCUCUUACUUUGAAACGUUAGAUUCGCACCAGAAAGAGCAAAUCCAUCUCUACGUCGACACUCUUCUCGAAUGGAAUCAGCGAAUGAAUUUGACCGCUGUUAAAGAGGUGAAUGAGGUAAUGGAGAGGCACAUUGAGGACUCCCUUGCAAUCAUACCACCUAUAAGAAAUUCUUAUCUUUCUCAUUGUAGCCCUUCUUCGUCAAACAACCUCAGCCUUGUCGAUGUGGGCAGCGGUGCGGGUCUUCCUGGAUUGGUUUUAGCCAUUGCUUGCCCAGGUUGGGAAGUGACCCUCAUGGAGUCUAUGAAAAAGCGAUGCCUUUUUCUGGAGCAUGUUGUCAGUCAUAUUGGUUUGUCAAAUGUUCAAAUUGUAAGAGGAAGAGCAGAGAAUUUGGGGCAGGCUCUUUGUUUCAGGGAGAAAUUUGAUGUGGCAGUAGCCAGAGCUGUUGCAGAGAUGAGAGUUCUAGCUGAAUACUGUCUACCUCUUGGUUUGCGUUGGCGGUUUGUUUGUAGCUGCAAAGGAGCCAUGAUCCGGAAGGUGGAAGUUAGGAAUGCAGAAAAAGCAAUUCAGAUAUUGGGUGCUUCCGUAUUGCAACUGUGCCCAGGCAUCCCGUACGGACAGAGAACUGCCAUUGUAUGUUUGAAAACGAGUCCUACCCCGAGGAAGUAUCCUCGCGAUCCAGGUACCCCAGAGAAAACACCACUGUAA